CUGCCUUUGAGCAUGUUUUUUUUUUUACUUUUAUAGAUGGAGUUCCCAUUGCCAUGCAUUAUACGACUGACAGACGGCAAUGGUUGGAGUUAAAAAUCAUCAUUUGUGUUUAUGCAUUAGUCUGUAGGCGGAGAGUAGGUGUUUUUAGUGGCUGUUCAAACACAUUCCCCCACAUGAGCGUUUCCACUACGAAAGCAAUCCGGACGAAUGCGUUUUCGACUACCUCUGGAAGUGGUCGAAACUGGAUAAGCUCAAACUGUUUUACACCCCAUUUACACCUGAAUUUACUUAGCGUUGUCCACUUGUGAUGUGAUUGACCAAAACGCAUCUUAAUACCAGGUGGAAACAGGGCCCAGUUAGGACAUUUAAGUAGCUUUACAAACGUGCCUUAAAAAACAUUACUGGUGUGCAUCUUGAGACAAAACAAUGGCACUGACAUAUUUUAAGAUAUGUCAAGUUUUCAGUUAACUAGCUUUCGGUUAAGACUGGUCAAACACGCAUUUUAGUCUAGGACUAGGCAUAAGCUUUGUCUGUGAAACCUGCCAUUGGUCUAAUUAAGAAGAAAUUGAGCACUGCUGUUCAGUAGUAGAUUCGACAUAAUGAAACACUUCAAUGUUCAUAGAAUUAAUAAGUCACACCUUAUACAAUUGUUAAUUUUAAUCUGAAAUUUUAAAAUUUAUAAAAUUAAAUGGUCUGACUCCAAGCAAAAUUUUUCUCACUUUCGAAAUAAUUUCAAGCUUUAUUGUUUUUUUACAUAAUUGUAAACGUAAAAAGACAAUUAGAGCCUAUAACAAGGUAAGCAGGUGUGAUAUUGUUGCAUAAAGUGGCACCCUUUUCCUUUUUUAUUUAUUUACUUUCUGUUAUUGUUGUAUUGCACUGUUGUUUAUAGCAUGAUUAAAGAAAACAAAUAUUUAAUAUAUAACAAAUACAAACAUUUCAUAAAUUGAUAUGCUUUUUUAUAUUAAUGGUUUUUAUUGUUGACAAAAUGUCAGUAGUUAUUUUUAUUUUGUCUUCAUUUUAUGUUUCUCUUACAUGUCAGGAUUAGAUCUAUCUAUAUCUAAUAAAGGCUUGAAUUGCAUACGAGUUUGAAUUUAAGUAUACACAAGUCUUCUUGUUAUACAUUUCCAAACCUUGACAUCAGUUAAUAAAAGUGCAAGUCUGAAUUACUGGUUUGGUUUCAUAAACAGAUAGGCUGUCUGUCAUGAAGACAAGAAGCUAAUUCCCCACAGGCAGAGGGAGUUUAAAAUUAAUCUCUCUCUUCAUUGGCCAGUUGUCUUCAAAGCCUUUUUAGGGUUUGAACGUAUCAACAGGAGAUCUCCCCUGCACUGUAGUGUUGAGCUCAAAUGUGACAGAGACACACACCAAGGGACCAGCCUUAUGUCAAUAUCACAGAUAACACCAACCCUCUUCCUGAGCGGGGCUGAUGCUCCUAUGAAUCAGGCACUUAUGACCCGCAAAGGCAUUACACUCAUUGUGAACGUGACCCUGUCCCACGCCUGCCCUAUCUACCCAGGUGUGAAGUGCAUACGUGUUGCAGUGUCCGACCUUCCAAAUGCCCGUUUGGGCGAUCAUUUUGACCACGUUUCAGCUCGAAUCCACAACAACAGAGCCGGAGGAACCCUAGUGCACUGCGCUGCGGGCAUGAGUCGCUCACCUGCUCUAAUAAUGGCCUACCUUAUGAAGUACAAAGGAGUGACUCUGCGGCAGGCACAUAACUGGGUUAAAGACAGUAGACCCUACAUCAGCCUUAAUACAGGAUUCUGGACCCAACUUCUGGACUAUGAGAGGAAACUCUACGGUAAGAAUACUGUGAAGGUAGCUGAACCACUGGAUCCACUGCCAAUGCCCAAAACACCAAAACUACCUUCCAAGAAUAACAUGAGACAAUGUCCUCCGUCACCGAGGCUGAGCCGGCUUAGAAGAUUCCCCUCUUUGGCACUUUAAUCAACAGUAGCAAAAACAGUACUUUUUGCCAAAAGUGGACAUUAAAUGUUCCAUAUACAUAUUGUAAGGGCAGUGAAAGUAUCACACUGGAUCAACAGGACCUAUGAAACAGACUAUAUCAGUACUACAGCAUGUCUGACUGUUUUGUUUAUCCGCCAGCAUUUUUAUUGUUCCUCCUGGUUUCUAAUGCAAUUCACUUUCAAGAAAGUUUAUUCACUUUGUUUAUUCCUUUUUGAUGUGGCCUGGCUGGAAUUCCAGGAAUAAAUGAAAUGUUGAAACUUA